GGUGAUAAUUUGAUAAACAAGAAUGUCAUGGAUUGGGUAACACAUGAACCUUUAAUUGUUCAAGCUUCAACAGUAAUUGCCAGACUGAUGGAUGACAUGGCUGGACAUGAAUUUGAACAGGAAAGAGGACAUGAACCUUCAGCAGUGGAGUGCUACAUGAAGCAGCAUGGAACAUCAAAAGAAGAGGUGCUUUUGGAGCUUCAAAAAUUAGUAAGUAAUGCAUGGAAAGAGGUAAACAGACAAUGUCUGUAUCCAAGAGAAGUACCAAUGCUUAUUCUCAUGCGAGUUCUUAAUCUUGCACGCGUGAUAGAACUCCUUUACAAAGAUGGAGAUGCAUUUACACAUUCCACUACCAAGCUCAAAAACAUCAUUACUUCAAUAUUGGUUGAUCCUGUUCCAUAAUGUAACCAUGUUAGGGUCAUAUGAUAUUAUCAUUUAUACCUAUAGAUUAUACUCUGAUUA